UGCGCUGUGGGGACAGGGCAGAGCUGCGCUGAGUGGGGCUGUAGUAGUCCGGACCAGUGUUAAGUAGAGAGCGAGAGAGGCAGAUAGAAAAACAGGGUGAAAGGAGGAGAGAGACAGAGUCAGUGCAGACUGAGUUUAUCAAACAGAAUGGAUUAACAGCUGAAAUGAAUUGGACCUGUUUUUCUUUCUUUAGCCAAAGGUAGAGACUCAGCGAUAACGUGGAUUGCUGUUCAGAAAGAGCUUCAAUGCUGGUUAGGUACCGCAGGACAGAAAACUAUGGCAAAUGUGCCCAGACCCUCUCACUCGUCCUAGCAUUUAGUAUGGUGAAGAUCUCUUACUUGUGCUCAGUUUGGCUAAGUUUACCUUGGACUGGUGUGGGAAGUUCACUUGCAGUGACAUUGACCCAUAACCCCCAACUCUGCUCUGCAGGUUCUGUCUCCCCCGGAGUUGGACUCUAAUUUUGGCUUUUGACCCCUGGAACAGGAAAGGGUUUUUUGAUCUGGCAGGGGGUGAGACCUGGUGAGAACCAGUCUGGACUGAUCUCACCAGCAUAUAUUCAUAUCGCUGGACAACGGGAACAUUUCUGUCACCAGAAUUUCUUCUGCUAUACCAGAUCUGCGACUGACUGCACUGGAGUCGUGUAUUUAAAAGACCUAUCUGGCCUAUCUUGCCCCGAGACCAUGGGCUUUCUCUGGGGCAGCAUUAUGCUGCUCUUUGGGGUGGCUCUGCUCAGGAUGGAGGGCAGUGGAGCCCAACAGACCAAGACCAAGAACAACGUCCCCCGGCUAAAACUUUCCUAUAAAGACAUGUUGGAGUCUAACAACCUUGUGACGUUCGAAGGCCUGGCCAACAGUUCGGCUUACCACACCUUCCUGUUGGAUGAGGAGAAAGGAAGACUCGUGGUGGGAGCCAAGGACCACAUCUUCUCCUUUAACCUCCUAAAUAUCAGCAAAGACUAUGCACAGAUCCCUUGGCCAGCUUCUCCCACCAGAAGAGAUGAAUGCAAGUGGGCAGGAAAAGAUCUCUCGAGGGAGUGCUCAAAUUUCAUCAAGGUGUUGCAGCCGUUCAACCAGACCCAUCUCUAUGUGUGUGGGACAGGAGCCUUUCACCCUGUGUGCUCCUAUCUGGAGGUGGGCAAGAAACCGGAGGACAGUGUGUUCAGACUGGAGCCUCACAUAGAAAAUGGCCGGGGGAAGAGUCCCUAUGAUCCCAAGUUGCUUACUGCCUCCAUGUUAAUUGAUGGGGAAUUGUAUGCUGGAACAUCGGCUGACUUUAUGGGGCGGGACUUUGCCAUUUUUCGCACCCUUGGCAAGCAUCACCCAAUAAGGACAGAGCAACAUGACUCCCGGUGGCUAAAUGAUCCCAGGUUUGUAGGCAUUCAUCAGAUUCCAGAGAGUGACAACCCAGAAGACGAUAAAAUCUACCUGUUCUUCAGAGAGAAUGCUAUGGAUGGAGAGCACGCUGGCAAGGCCACACAUGCUCGCAUCGGACAGCUCUGCAAAAAUGACUUGGGAGGUCACAGGAGUCUGGUAAAUAAAUGGACCACCUUCUUGAAAGCUCGUCUUAUUUGCUCUGUGCCUGGCAGUAAUGGAAUAGACACCCACUUUGAUGAACUACAGGAUGUUUUUCUCAUGAGCACAAAGGAUCCCAAGAGCCCGAUCAUCUAUGCAGUAUUUACCACUUCCAGCAACAUAUUCAAAGGUUCAGCUGUGUGUAUGUACAGCAUGACAGACAUCAGGAGAGUGUUUUUGGGUCCUUACGCCCAUAGGGACGGACCCAACUAUCAGUGGGUGCCCUUCCAAGGACGUGUUCCCUAUCCACGGCCUGGCACAUGCCCAAGCAAGACAUUUGGAGGAUUUGAUACAACUAAGGACCUUCCUGAUGAAGUUGUGACCUUUGCCAGAAGCCAUCCAGCCAUGUUCAACCCCAUCUACCCCAUCAACAAUCGACCAAUCAUAGUCAAAACAGAUGUGGACUACCAGUUCACCCAGAUAGUGGUGGACAAAGUAGAAGCAGAAGAUGGCCAGUAUGAUGUUAUGUUCAUAGGAACAGACAUGGGGACAAUUCUGAAAGUGGUGUCCAUCCCCAGAGGCUCCUGGCACGAUUUAGAGGAAGUCUUGUUGGAAGAAAUGACUGUCUUUAGAGAGCCAACAGCCAUUACAGCCAUGGAACUUUCAACAAAACAGCAACAACUGUACCUGGGCUCAGACAUUGGUGUGUCCCAGAUGCCCUUGCAUCGAUGUGAGGUUUAUGGGAAGGCCUGUGCUGAGUGCUGCCUGGCGAGGGACCCUUACUGCGCAUGGGAUGGCACAGAGUGCUCCAGAUACUUUCCCAUGGCCAAGAGGAGAACAAGGAGACAAGAUAUCAGGAAUGGAGACCCACUCACACAAUGUUCGGAUCUGCAACACCACGAUGAACUAAGUGGGCAGACGACUCUCCUGGAUAAAACUGUGUAUGGCGUGGAGAACAGCAGCACUUUCCUUGAGUGCAGUCCCAAAUCUCAGAGAGCCCUGACAUAUUGGCAGUACCAGCAUUCCACCGAUGACCGCAAGCAAGAGAUCAAAUCAGAGGAACGUUUCAUCCGCACAGACCAGGGCCUGCUGAUUCGCAUACUUAACAAGAAGGAUUCAGGCAUCUACCUGUGCCAGGCAGUGGAGCAUGGCUUCAUGCAGACACUUCUGAAGGUGACCUUGGAGGUCAUUGAUACCGAGCGCCUGGAGGAUCUGCUACAUCGUGGUGAAGAGGCAGCAGCCAGCACCCCCGCCCAGGAUAUUUCCUCACCUCGAGAAACUCCGAAUCAAAAGCUGUGGUACAGAGACUUCCUGUCUUUGGUGAAUCACCCGACUCUGAACACCAUGGACGAGUUCUGCGAGCAGGUUUGGAAGAGGGAGAGGAAGCACAGGAGGCAGAAAGCUCACCUGGUGCAGCAGGUACAAAUACACCAGCAGCAACAGCACCAGCAGCAGCAGCAGCAGCAGCAGAAGGUUGUGGUGAACCCUCACACCCACAUGCAUGCUCAAGGGCUGGCGGCCAAGUGGAAACACCUGCAAGAGAGGCAGAAGGGACGCAACCGCAGGACCCACGAACUGGAGAGGGCCCCCCGCAGUGUCUGACCUAUAAACCUUAACUUUUAACACUCAAACCUGACACCACACCCAGUUCUCACUCUGUAACCCUGAUCAACUUACCCAGUUUUCUUCUUCAUACUGAGAUACAGACUUCUUCCACAAAGACUCGAUAGAAAAGUUAAACUGGAAAAAAAGGUAACACUUCCCUGAUCUGCUGGCUGCUGUGUUGUGUGCGUGGGCAUCCAUGUUUACGGUACGCAAGUACAAAGGACUGCAGGAAACAGGAUGUUGUAUCACACCAGACCAUUGGAGCAUAUUAUCUCAGCUGGCCUCUGUGGCAUGAGCACUGCAGAGGGACAGCGUCAAACCAGCACAAGAACUGGAUACAUACAUCCACCAUACAGACAUGAGUGACCCCAUGUUGAGAUGGCUGCGUCAAUGGCAUCGUCUCAUGGCAUGCUAGUUAGGUGUCUUUGUCAGUGUGAAACUAAAUAGAUACCUAAAAAUACCUGAUAAUUACUUUUGUACUUCACAAAUAUGUCAGAGAAGGAGGUGGGAUUGUAUUUAAAAAAAAGUCCAGGGAGUAAAGUGGAAUUACAAGCAGUGAAGCUCAUUGAAAGCACAAGAUGGAUAUUUGGUAAUUUUUGGUAUUAUAGAUGAUUAAAUUAGUCAACAUGAGAGGAUAAAAAUGCCCAAACACUGCAAGAAACUGGGAGCAACACCAAUCACCAUUUGUUGACAAAUAAUAUUAUGUAGCUAAAAUGUGUAAAUACUGUAUUCUAUGAAGUCUCCUCAAACUAAAGGGAAUGGCUUGCAGUAGUCUUGUUGCUUUAUGUUGUUUCCCCAGAUAUAAAUUUAUUUAAGGAAAAGUCUUUUGAACGCAGUUGUAAACAGGGACAUUUUGUACUAGUCUGUGUGUCUGCACCCUAGAUAAGCUUCCCAAAACAAAGACAGGUUUUAUAAUUCUAUUCUGUUUAUCCUUUUUUUUUUAUAUCAUCAGAAUCCUUCCAGUGUCAACAGUUGACAGUCGUUUACUGUCAUUUAUUGGGAUGUCUGCCAACUGCAUCAUCUCAGUGCACAAAAUGUCAUACUAAGUUCUUCCAUGUUGAUUUAAUUAUACUUUGUAUACACUUUGUUUCCAUUACACGUGUAUUUAUUGAUAUAUAGUUAUGUACAUUGUGGAAAUAAUUUACCAUGUGCAGGCUUUUUUUCUUGCAGUUUAUCAUUUCAUUUGAUUGACAGGACCAAUCUCUUAAAAUAACUGUAUUAUCACAAAUACUGUAGUAAGACUGGAAGUUAUUCAUCAAUAUUGGUCAAUGUUACAUGCAUCACAUAUCAAAUGCACUGAGCAAUAACCCAGUAUCCAUACUGUAUUUUUCUUCCACAUUUACUGCCUCAUAUUCAUAUUCUUCACAGGCCACGCAGUGUAACAGCUUCAUUUCACUGCAUGUGACAUAAAAAAAAGACUUUCUCUGGAUAUAACAAUACACUAUUAUACAAUGUACACACACACAAACACAAAUCUGGAAUGUAGCUGUGAACAUUAUGUAAAUAUAAAUACUAUGGUCUAUGUUUGACAAGUAUGACACUGUGUACUAGUGCAUGUGAAUACUAUUGUAGUGUUCUUGUUUUGCUAUAGCAAUGAUAUACUAGUCUGAUGUUGUCACCGUUAUUCUGUUGUUUGCUAAUGCAGUACACAAUAUUAACUACUUUCAAAGAUGUACAUACUAUUUCUGUUAGGACUCUAAACUGUAUAAUUGAUAAUUCCUGAGUUAGGUAUUCACAAAAAGAUAUAAACAAGAUCUAAACAGGAUCUAACUGUGGACUGAAAUGUCCAUAGACCAGUAAACAACAACGAACAAUGUUGGUGGAGCAUUGCAACACAUCAGUGCAUCAGAUGACCUUGUCUAGUGAGUGUCUACAAGCUUCAUCUGCUUUUGGAAGCCAUGGGAGAGGAAGAAAAGGAACAGCUGGAGCCAGACAGAGAUUUUAGGCUAACAAGACAAGUUGAACGCCGGAGUUGUGGAACUUUCAGUGGAGAUGGGCAUAUGAUAAGAUCAUCAUUAUUAAAAGAGAAUAUAGAGUGCCUCACCGCAUCUGUCUUGGACAUAUGGUGGAGGUGAGGAAAUGAAGUGCUGCUGCUGCUGCUGCUGCUUUUUGGCAUGAUGGUGAUGAUGAUGAUGGUGGUGAUGUAUUCUACUGAUCUAAUAAAUGUCUCUUCAUAAA